GACCACCCCCGCCGCCGGGAGGGAGCCGCCAGCAGCGCCGCCGCCUCGCCUCGCCUCGCCUGCCCGGAGGAGGAGGAGGCGGCAGCAGGACAGGCGGGCGGGCGAGGGAGGGAGCCGGAGCCCAGCCUCGCAGGAGCCGCCGCCGCGGAGGCAACCAAAGAAGAGGAAGAAAACCUCAAUUUAUCUCCAAGGAUCCGGACUGGGGCACCGCACGGGGACUCUACAAUAUGCUAAGCCACCUCGUGAUCUUCAGCAAGGAAUUCUAGCCCAGCCCGCACCGAGCUUGAGCGAUCCAUAUGUUUGGGAAAAGAUAGUGAUUGCUUUCAGACCGGCCGACCAUGAGUAUGUUGAAACCGAGCGGGCUGAAAGCCCCCAGCAAGAUCAGCAAACCGGGAAGCGUGCUGGCCAAAACAGCCCCACCUGCGGCUGCAGCCUCUCCGGAAAAGACUCCGGCCACGGAGAAGCCUCCCCCCACAGACGGUCCGGAUGAGUUUGUGGACGACUUUCGAAUCGGGGAGCGUAUUUGGGUCAAUGGGAAUAAACCCGGCUUCAUCCAAUUCUUGGGAGAAACCCAGUUUGCUCCCGGUCAGUGGGCAGGGAUCGUGUUGGACGAAGCCAUUGGCAAGAACGAUGGUUCCGUGGCCGGAGUGAGGUAUUUCCAGUGUGAGCCCUUGAGGGGCAUCUUCACCAGACCUUCUAAACUCGCCCGGAAGGCCGUUUCCAAGGAUGAAGCCAAUGGGACCCAGGCGUCUCACGCCUCUCGGGCCUCGUCGCCCACGUCCACCUCAGCGGCCAGCCUCGUGUCUUCUCCUUCAGCAGCAGCCCAUCUGCCGCCCACCGGCAUACCUCAGAAGAUGUCUCCUCUGGCCACCAAGGAAAUGGCCGUUUCUCAUGCGAGCAACCUCUGUAAAACCCCCAGCGAAUCUAUUUCGAACCUUUCGGAAACCGGGUCCUUGAAGAAAGGUGAACGAGAGCUCAAAAUGGGAGACCGAGUGUUGGUUGGGGGAACGAAAGCCGGUGUGGUGCGUUUUUUGGGGGAGACGGAUUUCGCCAAGGGGGAGUGGUGUGGCGUUGAAUUGGAUGAACCUCUGGGCAAAAACGAUGGCGCCGUUGCUGGAACAAGGUACUUCCAAUGCCAAUCCAAAUACGGCCUCUUUGCUCCUGUGCAUAAAGUGACCAAGAUCGGCUUCCCGUCCACCACUCCGGCCAAAGCCAAGCCCGCUGUCCGGAAAGUCCUCCCCACGCCCACCAGUCUGAAACGCAGCCCCAGCGCCUCGUCCCUCAGUUCUCUCAGCUCAGUGGCCUCUUCUGUAAGCAGCAAGCCGAGCCGUGCGGGACUAUUGACAGAGACGUCCUCUCGGUACGCUCGGAAGAUCUCGGGCACCACCGCCCUGCAAGAGGCGCUGAAGGAGAAGCAGCAGCACAUUGAACAGCUCCUGGCCGAGCGGGAUUUGGAGAGGGCGGAAGUGGCCAAGGCCACCAGCCACGUUGGAGAGAUAGAGCAGCAGCUUGCCUUGGCGCGGGAUGGGCACGAUCAGCGAAUACUGGAAAUGGAGGCGAAAAUGGACCAGCUGCGAGCCUUGGUUGAAGCCGCUGAUAGAGAAAAAGUAGAAUUGCUGAACCAGCUGGAGGAGGAGAAAAGGAAGGUUGAGGAUCUCCAGUUCCGGGUCGAAGAAGAAUCUAUCACUAAAGGCGAUUUGGAGGUCGCCACUGUGUCUGAGAAAUCUCGAAUCAUGGAACUGGAACGAGAUCUAGUAUUGCGGGAAAAGGAAGUCGCUGAGCUCCGGUCAAGAUUGGAGUCCAGUAAAGUAACCAGCAACGUAGACACGUCUCUCUCACUGCUGCAGGAAAUCAGCACUCUGCAAGAGCAGAUCGCGUCAGUGAACAAGGAACAUCAGGAGGAGUUGAAGUCCUUGCGGGACAAACUUGGGGUCAGCGAAGAAUCCUUCCAGAAGGAAAUCAAGACCUUGCUGUCCUCCAAUGAAAAGAUGGUGAAAGAGAACAACUCCUUGAAAGCCAAGCUGGACACGGCCCACAAAGAGAAUUUAGAGGCGGUUGAAUUGUGGAAAUCAAAGUUGGAAUCUGCCGUUGCUUCUCAUCGGCAAGUGAUGGAAGAUCUGAAGGCCUCUUUCAGCAAAGGAGCCGGGAUUCAGGCAGCGGAGUUUGCAGAGCUGAAGGUGGAGGUGGAGAAGAUGAGAGAACAUCAUCAGAACGAAGCGUCUAACUUGAAGAUGAAGCAAGAGAGCGAGAGGUUGGGUCUCGUGAAGGAGAUCGAAGCCCUGAAGAGCAAGCUGCUGGAGGUCACCGAGGAGAAGGAGAGAAGUUUGGAAGUGUUGAAGACCCAGCUGGAAAGCGCAGAAGAUCAGCACCUGGUGGAAAUGGAGGACACCCUUAACAAGUUGCACGAAUCCGAAACAAAGGUAAAGGACUUGGAAGGCAUCCAGGAGAAGUGUGUGGAGCAAAGCAAGGCCAUUGAUAGCUUUAAAGCAAAGAUCAAAGCUGCUGAAGCAAAGCUCGUCAACCUGGAGGGCCUUCAGCUGGCCCUUUCUGAAGGUAAACUGGAGUUGGAGAAACUCGGGGAGGAGCACGAAGCCGCCAAAAAAAAAAUACAGAGUUUAGAAAAUGACAGAAAUAAUGAAAGUAGCCAGGCUGCUAGUCUAGUCAAAGAACUGCAAGCGAGGGAGAAAAAGCUGCUUGAUCUUGAGCAUCACUUGGGCACAGUCAACCAACUUAAAGAUUCUUUGGAAAAAGAGCUGGAGGACCUGAAAGAAAAAUUCACUAAGGGUGCUGACGAGGCCAAAAUUGUACAAAAAUCUAUGCAAGAAACUCUUGAAAAACUAAACCAAAAAGAGCUGCAGUUUACACAGCUGUCAGGCGAACUCGAUCAGCUGAGAUCCCAUUUAACAGCCAUGGAGAAAUCGCUGAAAGAACGAGAAAUCCGAGAGCAGCAGCUCGUGGAGGCCAAAGUCAAGCUUGAAAAUGAGGUGGCGGAAAUCAUGAAAUCUUCGGGCGACAGCUCUUCCCAGCUGACCAAAAUGAACGACGCCUUACGACUCAAAGAGAAGCAGGUGGAGGAGCUUCAGGUCCAGCUCUCCAAGGCCAACACAGGAACAGCUCAAUUGCAGGAGACUUUGGAGCAGGCGGCCCGUCAGGCAGAAAAGAAGCAGGAAGAGAUGCUUGCGCGACAUCAGGAGGAACAGCAGAAAAUGAAGAACAAAUUAGGCAGCCUGGAGAAGAAAAUAGCAGCUCUUCAAGAGGAGCAUAAACACCUCCAAGCCGCCAGUGAGAAAGUGCAAUCGGAAAUGGGUGCCCGGCACGAAGAAGCCCUCAAGGAACUCCAGCGGGAGCUUCAGAAGAAGGAUCAGCUGCUCGCAAAGACCCAGAAGGCCCACAGCGAGUUAGAGAAACAGGCCAAGGAAUUGAAGAAGGAAGCCGAACAUGCAAAGUCCUUAACCUCUAUGCUAGCAACAGCCAGAAAAGAGAUUGAAUUUAUGUCAGACGAGAUGAGGGCCUUGAUAGCCGAGAAGGAAGUCUUGGCGCAGGAAGGGAAUGCUUUAAAGUUAGAAAAAGGUUCCUUGUUGUCCAAGUUGGUAGACUUGGAGUCCAAGAUUGGGCUGUUAAAACAAGAUCAGGAGAAACUGUGGACAGUGAACGAGGAGCUUAAUCUGGAGAACAAAAGAACAGUCAAGGAGAAACAAGACGCGGAGAACAAAACCCAGCAAGAGAAGGAGAAGAACGAUGAGUUGAUCUCCGAAAAGGGAAGGUUGCUCCUGGAGAUCGAGACCGCCCAAGAAGACCUUCUCAAGAUCACUAGAGAGAACGACGCUCUACGUACAUCGAAGGCGUCUCUCCUCGGUCAAGUGGAGGAGCUCCAAGGCCGCAGCGAGGCCUUGGCCCAGGAAUGUCGGAAGCACAUCAGCCAACGGGAAGAACUGGAGGAUUGUCAGAGGAAGCUCUCGGAGGAAAACGCCGCCCUUCUCAAAGAUAAGGACGAUGUCAUCCAGAAGCUGAAGAGCUCUUACGAAGACAUGGCCCGGGACCAAAAAGAGCUCCUUCAAGAAGUGACCACCUUGGCUGCUGAGAGGGACUCGCUCUUGAGCAAACAUCUGGAUCUGGAAAACAAGCACGUUGCUUUGAAGAGGGAACGGGAUGUUCUCCUGCAGACCAGCCAGGAUCUGCAGUCUGACAAGGAGACCCUCUUGAAAACUCAGGAGGAACAACGCCAGAGCUUCGAGCAGGCGCUGGUGGAGAAACAGGAGCUUCAGUUGAAAAGUGAUGGCCUUCAGUCCAGAUGGGAACUAUCCGAUAAAGAGCUUAAAAGGGUCACCAAAGACAAGAACCAACUGGAGGCCUCUCACGCUAGUCUUUCAAAACUUCUGGAAGAGAUUAAGGCCAGCAGGGAAUCGACCGACACCGAACUGAUUCAGCUCCUGCAAGAGAAGGAAACCUUGAUUUGCUCCGAGAGAAGACUUGUAGCCGAGCGGGAGGAACUUUGGAACGAAAACAAGAACCUGUCGGAAAAGCUGGCCCAAACCUCUGAAGAAGCCGCCCUCACUGAGAAAACCUUGAAUGAGAAGCUGAGCCAGUUGAGCGCGGAGAAGGAGGUGGCCUCUCAGAAGUCUCUGAAGUUCAAGAAGCAGAACGAGAGCCUGGUCAAGGAGAAGGCCUCCUUGGAAGCCAAAUGCGCCGAGCUCCUGGCGGAGAAGCAGUCUGCCACCAAAGCCGUGUGCGAAUUGAAGAAGAAGCACGAGUUGGACAUUUCUGCCAAAAGGAUGCUGGUCCAAGACAAGGCCAAACUGCAGGGCAGUGCUGAAACCUUGAAGCGAGAGCUUGACCAGAAGAUACAGGAGAACCAGGAUCUCGUCCGAUACAAAGCUGAGCUCUCCAAAAUCUUAAAAGAGACCCAAAGCGCCAAAACCGUAUUGGAGAACGAAUACUCCGCCUUGCUUCACGCCAAGCAGCUCCUGGCGGCUUCCUUUAAAAGCAGUUCGUCGGAGAAAGAGGUACUGAACAAAGAGAAGGUCCAGCUGCAAGAAGAAUGCCAGAAGUUGAGCAAGGAGCUCAAAACCAUCUACAAUAACCUGACGAUAGAGCGGGAAGGCCGCACGUUGGAGAAAGAGUCUUUUGUGGUCGAGAACACCCAACUCCAUAAUGCCAUGAGUCGCUUAGAGGCAGAGAAGGAACAGCUGAGCCUGGAAAAUAAGGAGCUGUUGAUCGAACGGGACCAGCUGAAACAGGAGAAGUUGAAGAGCGCGUCCAGGUUGGAAGAAAUUAUGAAGGAGAAAGAGGUCCUCAGUGCCGAGACGGACCAGCUGGCCUCCAACAUUGAGAAGCUGAAGAAGGAAUUUGCGGCUCUGACCAAGUCAAAAGCAGAGCUGCAGGAACUUCACAGCAGUGUCUCCAAUAUCCUAGAGGACCUCCGUUCCAGCCACCAAACCAGCGAACUGGAGAGGGCCAAGCUGCUUCAAGAGAACGAGAUGUUGCUCCUGGAGCAGAAACAUCUCAUCACCAUCAAGGAAGAGAUCUUGAAGGAGAAGGAGACGUUCUCCAAGGACUACUACAAGCUGCACGACGAGGUCACGCUUCUAGCCCAGGCCAACAGUGAGAUGUCUAGCAACCUUUUGGCGGCUCAGAACAAAACCCAAGCCCUUCAGAAGGAAAGAGACGAACUGGUCGUCAAACUGGAAGACAUUGAAGGUCUGCAGGCUCAGGCGGUAAUGCAAAGAUUUGAGACUGCAAAAACGGCAGAAGAUGCUCUGCAGAUAGUGGAGCAAGUGACCAAAGAGAAAGACGCCCUCCAUAAAGAGAAGACGGAAAUCGUGGCCUCCUUCGAAGAGUCUAAGCAGCUCAAUCAAAAGCUGAAAAAAGAGCUGGACGCACUUAAAGAAAGCCACCGGAAGAACCGAGAGGAGCUCACCAAAUCUCAGGAACGUCUGAACGACGAGAGCCGAAACCUGGAAGAACUUCGAAAAGAAUUGGAAAUGCUCAAAGUGGCCGAAGAGGAGAAAUCCCAACAGCUCGCCGUCUUCCAAGAGGAGAAUCUCAAACUUGCGAAAGAGUUGGGGAAAGAAGAUCUCGCCAGUCACCGGAAGCUGGAAGAAGAGAGAUCAGUGCUCAAUAACCAGCUGUUGGAGAUGAAAAAAAGAGAAGCCAAGUUAAUAAAAGAGAACGAUGAAGAGAGAGCUUCAUUGCAGAAAUCCAUCAGUGUUACUAGUGCCUUGAUUACAGAGCGAGACGAAGAGUUGGAAAAACUCAGAAAUGAGGUCUCGGUGCUCCGUGGAGAGAAUGCCACGGCGAGGAAUUUGCACUCGGUCGUUCAGUCCCUGGAAUCCGAUAAGGUUAAACUUGAGAUCAAAGUAAAGAAUCUGGAGCAGAAGCUCAAAGAGAGCCAAAAAAGCUCUUCAGAUGUUUCAUCUAGUGGCGACCUCCAAAAGGAAGAAGCCCAAGAGAGCCAGAUUGACUUCCUCAAUUCGGUCAUUGUGGAUCUUCAAGAUAAAAACGCCGAACUGAAAUCGAAACUGAACAAGAUGUCCGAGGCGGCUCUCAAUGGAGACGAGGAAGAAGUUAUUAAUUAUGACAGCGAGGAAGACAACCAAGUCAAGAGGAAACCUCGCCUCUUCUGCGACAUUUGCGAUUGUUUCGACCUCCACGACACCGAAGAUUGUCCUACGCAAGCCCAGGCGCCUGAGGAACCUCCCCACUCCACGUACCACGGCAGUCGGAAAGAGGAGCGGCCGUACUGCACCAUUUGUGAGAUGUUUGGCCACUGGACCGCCAACUGCAACGACGAUGAGACCUUCUGACAACAGGACAGGAGCGGAGAAGAUGAACGUUGUUUCGGUUCGCUAGUUGGACCUUGUCCUCCUCCACCACCAAUCUCCAAGGGUGGGGCCAGAAGGAGAGAAGAGAAAGGGGACCGGCACUCUUUCCUCCCAGAAUUCCUUGCAGCAGCCACCCAGAUUUAUAAAAAAAAAAAAAAGACGUUGUGGAUCUGGUCUUCCAUAAGCAAGAUAGUUUAUUCUGCCCUUCUUACGAUGAAAUUAAAAUAAAUAAUUUAACUGGGGCUGCCAAUUUUCAUUUAGAAAUUUCAUUUCCUGGGAUUUUUGCAUCCAGAAACUUCCCUCCGGUCGCGUGGCUUAGUUUGGGGAGAGGGGUGGGAGGGAGGUGGGGGAAGAAAGGAGAGGAGAUGGGGUGCAAACCAAGAAGUAUAGUUCUAUUUUAGCUCACUUAAAGCUCUUUGAAAUUAUGCUGUUAAUUUUCCUAUUUGCACUACUACGCUCCUCCAAGCUGCGGUUGUACGUUGUUGUUGUUUUUUAGCGUUUGUAACGUUCUGACACUGGAAUGGGUUGAAGAGGCGAGUUCUUCUUUUCUUUUCUUUUCUUUUUCCCAACGUUGUUUGUUUUUGUUUUGCUUCGGCUUUGUGACCACUCGAUCAACCGACACGCGUGAGCAAACUUUCGUGCGUGUGCUACUGGUGCAAGACCUAGAAGUAGUGCCUUUCUUGUCCGCGAGAUUUCUUUUAACGGUGUGAGAUUUUGUCGAGGCAAAAAAAAAUAAAAAAUACCACAAAGCAGGUCAGCCACUGUGGGGAAAUAUUUUGCUUUUCCCCCUAACGAAACCUCUCCAGCUCUGCGUUUGGGAAAUGUCUCCCUGUUUUUUCAGCUUCUGUAGAGUUGUACAUAAGUACAUAUAUAAAUAUAUUUAAGAAAAACAAAGAUUUAUAUUUUGGAAAACAAUCUGAUUGUCUUUUAAGUGUUUCUGUUCUUCUGAAAAAGAGGGCUUUUGUGUACCGUAACUUGACUUCAAUGACUUUAAAUCGCCUCAAAAAACUUGGGAGAUUUUUUUUUUUUUCUGACUGGGGUGGGUUGUGGGGCGGGGCAGGUUUGCAUGUACCAAAAAAAGGGACAAAAAAAAAAAACCCUUCCGGCUACAGUUUGUAUCCUGUAACAGAUUUUUUUUUUAAUCAAAAGUCCGUCCUGAAAUCAAGACGGUUUUUUAAAAAACGAAUUUAAGAUGUCAUUUAUUUAUUUUCCCCUGGGUUGGGAUUUUGUCCCAGAUGAAUGUAAAAUAGAAAACUCAAUGUUGAAAUAAGGUGGAGUUUCUAAGAAGCGGAUACCUUACAAGAAUAUUUUAAGAAGUAGAAAAUGGAGCACAUUUCUGAGUGAAACUGUUUUCAUGCUUAAUUUAAUGCCCGGGGCGUUCCUGUGGAGUUAAUUCCAUCGCUCCGAGUAAAUGCUUAGCGUGCGCUAAACAAAGAUGAUGCCAAGCUGGUUUUGCUCUCUUCUUUUGAAUGUCACAAAAAGAAAGGUAAAGAAAACACUAUUAGCCUUCCUUGCAUAAUGGAAGAUUUGAACUCUUCUAUAACUAUGUUUGGGUUUAUCUGUGUUUCUUUUUAAACGCACACACAGACUUCUAGAGAGGCACAUACCUGUGCUAGUUGUUAAUGAUUCCCAGAUUACAAUCAAUAUUUGGCCUAUGAGGUUUUGGGUUUUUUUAAAAAAAAUCAAUGUAACUGUUUGAACUUUGGAGUAAAGAAUGUAUUAUAGGGAUAGUCAUUAAAAAAAGGCAGGGACAUCAGUAUUAAACUAAACCAACUGUACUGUAUCUUUAAUAAAGGGAUUAUUCUCUA